AUGUCGAGCCCCCCAUCCCGCCUCAAGGGCAUCCUCGCCCAUCUUCUUCCGGGCUCCUUGGCGCCAGAGCCCGCCCAUCCCGACGCCGAGGCCAUCUUCCACUUGACUGCCAACGGCCGCGUCCUGCGCCGCACCUACUGCGAGUUUUCCGACCGCGCUCGGGGCCUGGCGUACUACCUCGUCAAGCAUGGCUACCGCCGAGUCGGCAUCCUUGCCCCCAACACCCCGGCCUUCCUCGAGUCCAUCUAUGCGAUUCCCGCCGCGGGAGGCGUCAUGGUUCCUGCCAAUUACAGGCUCGUGCCCGAGGACAUUGCCUACAUAUUUGACUUUGCCGAGGUAGACUGCAUCAUCGCAGAUAAGGAGUACGCGCCGCUGCUCGAGCCUUUUGCAGCUCUCAUCCGAAUGUUCACAUACUUGUCGAUUUGGACACCGAUCAAUCUGCAGGAGAGCUCCACGGACCAUAUGAUCAGGCCGUAUGGGAGGGCUUGCAACACGAUGGAAUCCAUGGCCAAAAGGGCUGGGAGGGCCUCAAGGCCCAAUGUGGCGCUGAAGACGACAUGCUAG